UAGCGCCCCUAUCUUACAUCCGGGUGCCGCUUCGGCAACAGACUCCGGCUGGCUGCAGCUCUGCGUUUCCGUGUUGGUUGUGGGAAGAGAGGGGGUCACAGACAGGGGGUGAGAUUGACUAAAUCUGUUUGGAUUACGUCGUCAAUACCACCUUUCCUAUGGAUGAGGAGUAGUAUCGGAUGAAGAACACACCCGUUGUCAAAGAGGGAAACUUGUUUUUGGGCAUAUUUUGACAUGGAGUAUGCCGUGACAACACCCCCUGACAUGUGAGAUUUACAGAGCAAUAUAGCUCGGUAGAAGACUGUGCAAUUGUGUGGCUGUUGCCAUCUCGCUUAUCCAUUUAUGGUUGCUCAUUUGAUCCACUACUUGUGUCGCGAUCCUCGUCUGUGCUGGGGGAAAAAUGAAGAAGUUUAAUAUCAGAAAGGUGCUAGAUGGUUUGACGGCCGCCUCCUCCUCCUCAUCAUCAUCUCACCCGGGAAACAGGGAAAAUGACUCAAUUCAGGAGAACCUGCAGUCGGAGCAUUUCCAGCUCUGCAAGACCGUGCGCCAUGGCUUCCCUUAUCAACCCUCAGCAAUGGCUUUUGACCCUGUGCAGAAAAUCCUUGCUAUAGGGACUCAGAGUGGAGCUUUGAGGUUGUUUGGGCGAGCAGGUGUGGAGUGUUACUGCCAACACGAGAGCGGCUCAGCCAUCAUCCAGCUCCAGUUCCUCAUCAAUGAGGGGGCACUGGUGAGCGCGCUGGCUGACGACAGCAUCCACUUAUGGAACCUGAGGCAGAAGCAACCGGCGGUGCUGCACUCGCUCAAGUUCAACAGGGAAAGGAUCACGUUUCUUGCCCUGCCCUUCCAGAGCAAGUGGCUGUACGUCGGCACGGAACGAGGGAACAUCCACACCGUCAACGUGGAGUCCUUCACCCUCUCAGGCUACGUCAUCAUGUGGAAUAAAGCCAUUGAGCUGUCCUCAAAGUCACACCCCGGCCCUGUAGUACACAUCAGCGACAACCCCAUGGACGAGGCCAAGCUGCUGAUUGGCUUUGAGUGUGGCAUCGUUGUGUUGUGGGACCUGAGGACCAAGAAAGCAGACUACCGCUAUACCUACGACGAGGCCAUCCACUCUGUCGCCUGGCAUCACGAGGGCAAGCAGUUCAUCUGCAGCCACUCAGACGGCACCCUGACCAUCUGGAACAUCCGCGCGCCUGCCAAACCUGCCCAGAUCAUCACACCUCAUGGUAAGCAGCCCAAGGAUGGCAAGAAGCCAGAGCCAUGCAAGCCCAUCCUGAAGGUGGAGUACAAGACCACCCGAGUAGGGGACCCCUUCAUGGUGCUGUUCGGGGGCCUGUCCUAUGACACGGUGGGCCGACGGGCCUGCCUGACGGUGAUGCACGGGAAGAGCACAGCCGUGCUGGAGAUGGACUACCCCAUCGUGGACUUCCUCACGCUGUGUGAAACGCCCUACCCAAACGAUGUCCAGGAGCCCUAUGCUGUGGUCAUCCUGCUGGAGAAGGACUUGGUGUUGAUCGACCUGGCGCAAAUCGGGUACCCCAUCUUUGAGAACCCGUACCCCCUGUCCCUGCACGAGUCUCCGGUCACAUGCUGCGAGUACUUUGCCGACUGCCCGGCAGAGCUGAUCCCGGCCCUGUACUCCGUGGGCUCCCGACAGAAGAGACAGGGCUACAGUAAAAAGGAAUGGCCCAUAAGUGGUGGUAACUGGGGCCAAGGAACUCAGAGCUAUCCAGAGAUCAUAAUCACAGGACAUGCUGAUGGGUCCAUCAAGUUCUGGGACGCCUCAGCAAUUAUGCUGCAGGUACUGUACAAGCUGAAGUCGGCUAAAGUGUUCGAGAAGGUGCGCAACAAGGAGGACAAGCCGAGCACGGACAUCGUGGACGAGGACCCGUUUGCCAUCCAGAUCCUGUCGUGGUGCCCGGAGAGUCGCAUGCUGUGUGUGGCAGGAGUGUCCGCUCACGUCAUCAUCUACCGCUUCAGCAAGCACGAGGUCACCACCGAAGUGGUGCAGCUCCUGGAGGUGCGCAUGCCAUACGAGCUGAACGAUGUGGACUCUCCAGAGGCGGCGGGGGAGCAGACCCCUUCUGUGUCCACUCCAGGGGCCUCCUCUAGCCCCCAGACGGCACUGCCCCCUGCGGACACACACCCCUCCACCAGCAGCAACUCCUCCGACGGACCCCGAGAUAACGUGCCCUGCCUCAAGGUGCGCUGUUCCCCUCUCAAGCAGUCUCCAGGCUACCAGGUGGACCUGGUGGUGCAGCUGCUGUGGGUCAGCGGGGAGCCCCCGCAACAGAUCACCAGCCUCGCCCUCAAUUCUGCAUACGGCCUGGUCGUCUUUGGUAACUCCAACGGGCUGGCCGUGGUGGACUACUUCCAGAAGACCCUCCUGAUGAAUGUGGGCGUGCAGGAGCUAUACGGCUCAGCCGACCCUUUCCAGAGGCAGCCGCGCUCCCCACGCAAGACCCGGCAGCCGUCUGGAGGCCCCUGCGAUGCUAACGACGGCUCCAAUGCCUCAGAGGACCGCUGCAAAUCUCCCACCUCAGGCUCCACCUCUCCCUGCAAUUCUGACGAGGAGAACAAAGCCCAAAAGUUCAUAGAUAAGAUGAAGUCCAAAAGCAGACGCUUUUCCAAGACGGUUUCCAAUGACUUAGCGAAGAUGUCACGGAAACUAGGCACGGCCCCCGAUCAGAAGCAGGACUCUGCAGCGGAGCGCCUUCAAAGACGGCGUACUCUCCCCCAUAAGAAGCGUGUGUGUUGUGUAAAGUCAGCCAUUGAGGCUAGAAGUAGCCCACAAAGGAGCCCCAUCAUCAUGCGGACACCAUCAGCCCCUAACUUCUAUGCGAAGGACAGCUCGUUCAGCCGCUCGCGCAGCUCCAGCGUGACCAGCCUGGAGCGGGAGGCGCGCGAGGUCAUCACCGCCUUCCACUUCUGCGAGACCAUGAGCAGGAAGGGCGAGGCGGGGCCCGGGCCCAGCCUCUGGGUGGGCACCUCGCAGGGCAGCAUGCUGGUGCUGCCGCUCGCCGUGCCCGCCAGCAGCGAGCUCCGCAUGCAGCAGGCACCCGCCGUGUCCUUCGGCGGCACAGUGACGCGCCUGAAAGGCUGUGUCGUCACCAUGGCCACCCUGGACUCCACCGGCGCCCCUCUGCUGCCCCCGUACGAGGUGUGGUACGACCCCAAUCUGCCAGACGAGCGCGAGGAGAAGGACCGCUGGAAGCGGCGUGGGCCCGCCUCUCCCCCCGGCGGCCCAGAGGGGGCGCCAGAGACGCACUACGUGGUGCUGUGCUCAGAGAAGCAGGCCGAGGUGCUGGUACUGCCGUCGCAGCACAGCGCCUUCAAACACAACAUCACCGAGGCCUCGUUCGUGCUGCGCGCUGACGUGGUGCUGAUGCCCGCCGGCAGCUGCAUCGCCUGCUUUUGCGCCAAUGGGCACAUCAUGACACUCAGUCUGCCCGCCUUGCGGCCUCUGUUGGAUGUGAACUACCUGCCUUUGACGGACAUGCGCAUCGCCAGAACCUUCUGCUUCUCCAACCUGGGCCAGGCUCUGUACCUCACCUCUCCCACAGAGAUACAGCGCAUCACCUACAGCCAGGAAACGUGCGAUAACCUGCAGGAGAUGCUGUGUGAGCUCUUCACCCCAGUGGAGACUCCGGAGGCCCCUAACAGAGGCUUCUUCAAGGGUCUGUUUGGAGGAGGGGCCCAGUCUCUGGACAGAGAAGACCUCUUCGGGGAGGUGGCAGCGGGUAAGGCCUCACGCAGCCUGGCUCAGCACAUCCCUGGGCCCGGGGGCAUGGAGGGCAUGAAGGGCGCAGCGACGGGCAUAAUGGGGGAUCUGGCGCGCACCCGGAUGGCGCUGGAUGAGAGAGGGCAGAAACUGGGCGAGCUGGAGGAGCGGACGGCCGGCAUGAUGCACAGUGCAGAUUCCUUCUCCAAACACGCCCACGAUAUCAUGUUGAAGUGCAAAGAUAAGAAGUGGUACCAGCUCUGAUGCCAGUGCCAGAGGGUCGAUGUGGCUGAAGACCCCUCUCUCCUCCUCCUCCUCUUUUCUCUCUCUAUCUUUUGCUCUCCUCCUCCUCCUCGUCGAGUUCUCCUUUCCUCCCUCCCUCUGUCCCGGAGAGCUGACUGAUUGACAGACUGCCACUUCUUUUCGGAGCACAAAACUCACCCCGUUCGACCUCAGUCAUCAGAGGGGAGCCAAACCCGCCAGAGAGACAGUGACCUUUCCCCUGCCUCUCCACGACCCUGAGUGCUGAGGAGGAGAGAAGGAGAGAAGGAGAGAGGGAGGACGAGGUUGGAGGAGAAUAUGAGGAAGAGGAGGACAAGGCGAGGAGACUCAGAACAGCCUGUGUGUCUUGUUCAAAUUAGCCACGCUGCCAUACUACUACUACUACUGCUGUUAAGGAGAGAAAAAAAAAACUACUGAAGGACAUUUGAUGCCUCCUCCCUCUGAGGCAAACAGGAAGUAGAUAUACCAAGGAAUGCUGGGUGUUGUAGUUCCAGACACUGGGAAGGGAAGGGAAGGGGAAGGGCACGGCAGGCAGACACGACGGACUCUCCCUCUCUUUCCCACAUCCAGUGACUUCAAUCGCUUAUCUGUUGUGCAUUUUAUAUGUUUGCCCCUCUCACUGACACCCCCCCACCCCCCAUGCCACACCCC